GCUGAAGAGCAGUUCGACGAGAACGGCUACGCCGUGCUGCCGGGCUUCGUGGCCACCCUCAAGGGCCGCAUCGAACACCUCAUCAAGGAGUUCGAGGCCACCGAAGAGUUCACCAUCUUUUCCACCAAGGAGCAACCCACGAAGACGAACAAGUACUUCCUGGACAGCGGGGACAAGAUCCGGUUCUUCUUCGAGGAGAACGCCUUCACCGCAGAGGGCGAGCUCAAGCAGGAGAAGAAGCUCUCCAUCAACAAGAUCGCCCACGCGCUGCACGACGAGGACCCCGAGUUCAGCAAGUUCUCGCGCAAGCCCGAGAUGGAGAAGGUGGCGCGCGAGCUCAUCGGUUUCCAGAACCCGCUCCUCAUCCAGUCCAUCCCCGCAUCGGCGGCGAAGGACAGCACGUUCCUCUACACGGAGCCGCUCUCGUGCGUCGCCUUCUGGUUCGCCUUCGAGGAGGCCACCCGCGACAAUGGCUGCCUCUGGGUCAUCCCCGGCUCCCACAAGCACGGCAUCAAGCGCAGGUUCGUGAGGGAGGGCGACGGGGUGACGUUCAAGCCGCCCAAGGGAGACGACCCCGAGUGGGCCGACCCGACCCAGUUCGUCCCCGUCGAGGUGCCCGCCGGAACGCUGGUGCUGAUGCACGGCAGUCUGGUGCACAUGUCGUACGAGAACAAGUCCGACCAGUCGCGUCAGGCCUACACUCUGCACAUCGUCGAAGGCCCGCCCCACGCCACCUACCCCGCCGACAACUGGCUGCAGCGACCCGCCAACCCGCCCAGGGGCUUCUAA